AUGGCGAACAGUUUACAGCAUAUACUAAGUGCAGUGCCAAAGGCCAUACCGUAUGCGUUGUUAGAAGAAAUUACAGACAACUUUUCAGAUGAGCGAAUGCUUGGUCAAGGUGGCUUUGGAAAAGUUUACAGGGGAAUGUAUAAUGGAGAAGAAAUUGCUGUAAAAAAGCUUAGUAUGAUACCGCGCCUUGCUGAUGAGCCACAGUUUAACAAUGAACUUCUUAGUCUUGUGCAUGUACAACAUCAAAAUAUUGUCAAGUUAGUUGGCUACUGCUAUCAAACAAAACAUGAAGUUAAUGAAUACAAUGGAAGACUUGUCGUGGCUGACGUGAUAGAAAGAGUUCUCUGCUUUGAGUACCUUUCCCGUGGAAGCCUCGACGAAUAUCUUUCUGACGAAUCCUGCGGACUUGAUUGGUACGAACGUUACAAAAUAAUUGUCGGGAUUUGUGAGGGUCUAAAUUUCCUUCACAAUGGAACCAAAAGAGCAGUUUACCAUCUUGAUUUAAAACCUGCAAACAUAUUGUUGGAUGAGAAUUGGAUGCCAAAAAUUUGUGACUUCGGUCUGUCAAGACUCAUUAGUAACUCAGCAAAAAGCCAUAACGCGGAACGCUGUAUCGGAACACCGUAUGUUCAUACCUCAUGA